UGAUCCCAUGUCAUAAUGUCUCAAUUGUCAAUAACUGAUAACUCAAGAACUUCCGUGUAGCUUAAUUUGUAGAAGAAUAUUUUAUUAAUAAAAUAAAAGUAAAAUAAUUAACAUUUUACCGAUGUCUAAGCGAUGAACCCAUCACACAAAUAUAUUUUUUCAUUUGUAAUGAUUAAAUAAUUGGCUACGUCACAACUAUUUAGAAAGACAGUAAUUUUUCUGGUUUUUACAAUGGGCGAUUUAUAUAUCGCAGUUGUUUGUUCAUCCAAUAUGAAUAGAAGUAUGGAAGCUCAUGCCUUCCUUGCAAAAAAAGGUUUCAAAGUUAAAUCAUUUGGAACAGGUGAAAAGGUUAAGUUACCAGGAGCUUCUGCAGAUCGCCCCAAUUGCUAUGAAUUUGGUGUACCAUACGAUGAUAUUUAUAAUGAUUUACUAGAAAAAGAUAAAGCAUAUUACACCCAAAAUGGUCUGCUACACAUGUUAGAUAGAAAUCGCAGAAUAAAACCAUGUCCUGAGAAAUUUCAAGUGAGCACCGAACGUUUUGAUGUUAUUAUAACUUGUGAAGAAAGAGUGUAUGACCAGGUUAUAGAAUGGUUUGGGUCAAAAAGAUCGAUAUAUAACCAACCAGUUCAUGUGAUUAACAUAGAUAUUCAAGACAAUCAUGAAGAAGCUACAAUUGGAGCUUUCCUUUUAAGUGACAUGGUUACGAAAAUGGCUCUAAGUGAUGAUUUAGAUAAUGAUAUUGACGAACUGUUACAUGAUUUUGAAUCAAAGUGUCACAGACCAAUCUUAAAUUGUAUCAUGUUUUAUUGACAAAACAUUAAAAUACAUUGGCCUAUAAUUAGCCAAUGCAAUAAAAUGCUUGCAUCUGAUAAUAAAUACUACGUAACAAUAUUUUCCAUAGCAUAUUUAAUAGGUUGUUUGAUAUUUUUAUACUAAAUAUGAAUUACAAUAGCUUUGGAAUAUUAUAACGAAAUCAAAAGAUUAUUUGAAACAUGAAA